AUGGGAAGAAGUUGCAAUCUUCUCUUUGUUCUUGUGGUUUUCAUUCUGCUCCAUACUUCACUAUCUAGUACUGUUCUCAACAUUAGUACUGAUGAAGCUGUUCUUCUUGCCUUCAAAUCUCACAUUUCUUAUGUUGAUCCUAACAAUAUCUUAACAACACACUGGUCUUCUUCCAGACUAGUUUGCAACUGGAUUGGCAUCAGUUGCUGCUCCCGACACCAUAGAGUUGCAACUUUAGACAUUUCUAACAUGCAACUUUAUGGUACCAUUCCUCCACAUCUUGAAAACCUCUCAUUUCUUGUUUCCAUCAGUAUCGACAACAACAGUUUCCAUGGAGAGUUUCCAAAAGAGUUGGCUUAUUUGCAGAGGUUGAAACUGAUCUCGGUCAGAAGAAAUAACUUUACUGGUGCCAUUCCAACAUUUCUAAGAGAGAUUAUAGCAAGCAUUUCUAACAUGUCGGAACUGCAGAAACUAGGAUUUGAAAGUAAUAGGCUUUCAGUGAUGCAUGGUGACUUGAAGCCAAGCAAUGUCUUGCAAGAUCAAGAAAUGGUUGUCCAUGUCAGUGAUUUUGGCAUUGCUAAAUUGUUAGGUGCAGGGAAAACUUUUGUUCAAACAAGGACAAUAGCAACCAUUGGAUAUAUUGCUCCAGAGUAUGGACAAGAUGGAAUACUAUCUAUGAGCUGCGAUGUUUAUAGCUUUGGCAUUCUGAUGAUUGAGACUUUUACAAGAAUCAGACCAGGUGAUGAAAGAUUUAUUGGAGACUUGAGCAUAAGACGUUGGGUAAGUUAUUCUUUUCCAAAUGAGAUUCAUAAGGUGGUGGACACUAAUUUGGUACAGCUAAGUGAUGAACAAAUUGACGCAAAGAUGUAG